AUGACUCAUCUUUUCUUUGCGGAUGACGCUCUUCUUUUCUUCAAUGCUACAAAUGAAAGUUGUUGUGCAGUCUCGAACAUUCUUCAAAGGUUUUGUGGAAUCUCAGGUCAACAACUUAACUUGCAGAAAUCUCUUUUUAAAGUAAGUCCGAAUACUCCUGAGGAAAGUCGGCUUCGUUUCAAAGGUAUUUUAAAGAUGGAAUUGGUUCAGAAUAUAGGAACUCAUUUGGGAGUUCCAAUUGACUUGGUGGGAAAGAAACAUUCCAAUUUUCAUUUUAUUGUGGAUAAGGUUGCUGUUAAGAUCUCAGCUUGGAACUCUUGCAACCUUUCUCAAUCUCAGAAAUUAGUUUUGAUUAACUCUGUUCUUCUUGCUAUGGCUUCUCACGUCUUCAGCUGCAUGGAGGUUCCAUUGUCUAUAUCGUCAAAGUUAGAUUCUAUUAUUACUAGAUUCUUCUGGGCUGGGAGAGCAGGUUCAGGUUUUCAUUGGGUUAAUAGGAGAACUUUGCAGAUUCCUCGAGGUCUUGGUGGUUUGGGAAUCCGGAAUGCUUCUUGCUUGAAUAAAGCUUUACUUAUGAGGCAGGUCUGGAGACUUAAUAAUAACCCUCUCUCGUUGUUAGCUGGAGUGGUGGAUAGGAAAUUUUUGAAACCUCUAAGGACCGGGAUUAAAGCUUCUCUUAUUGGCAGGCGUCUUUCUUGGGGUAUGAGAGGGUUAGGUAGAGCUUCCAACCUGGUUCUUGAAGGGUGUAAUUGGAAAGUGGGGAACGGAAAGUCAAUUGUUGCAGGGAGGGAUAAGUGGGUGAAUGGAGGUACUCCAGUUUUCAGUUCUAAUGUCACUCUUAGGCAAGCUAAGGAUUGGAAAGUACACCAUUUCUUGCUUCCUUCUGGGGAAGGCUGGAAUUUAGCAGAGAUCAAUUCUAGGUUUGAAUUCUUGGAUGCUCGGAGAAUUUUGAGUAUGGAACUUCCUUCUUCUAAUGCUGAGGAUUUCCUUUAUUGGAAAUACCAUAUAUCAGGUAAGCUUUCUGUUAAGUCUGCGUAUGCCAUGUUAGUUUUAGGAGAUUCUAGUGACUAUGGGUUGAAUUCAGAGUCCGUUUUCUAUAAAUCCUUAUGGUCAAUGAAGAUUCUUCCUAAGUGGAAAAUGUUCUUUUGGAAGCUCCUUCAUAAUGGGAUUGCUACUAAGGCUAAUUUAGGGAGGAGGGGUGUUCAGCUGUCAAUGGUGUGUGACGAGUGUAAUGCAGGAGAUGAGGAUCUUCAGCAUCUUUUUCGGUUUUGCAAGUUUGCUCAGGAUGUUUGGAGGAGUGGUUCACUCGCUAUCCAUUCAAAUUUCAAUGAAGCCAUGUCUUUCCAAGAAUGGAAUAAUCGUGUUUUUAGAGGUCAAUCUACUUCUUCUUCGGCAAUGCAUAAUUGUAUCAAGUCAGGUUUGGAUCAAAUUUCAAUAUUGCACCAGCAUCCGUCGCCUUAUUUAAGGUUUUUCCAUCCUCCUGAAGUGGAUCCGAUCUUUCCUCCGGGCUUUUCUAGGAUUAUCUUAUCAGGGAGUGAAGAUGGGAAUCCCACUACUAUAAUUGUGUCUGAUGGGUCUUGGUUUAAAAGCUCUAAGAUUGCUGGUAUGGGCUGGUAUUUGGAUAGGCAACAGGUUCCAAGUGAUCGAAUUUUAGGGGGUGCGCAGCCAGGUUUGACAAGUUCUGCUCUCCACUCUGAGGUUUUAGCUUGUUUAUUAAGUCUGCGGUGGGCGUCUCAAGCCGGGUUUAAUAGGGUCACAAUUUUUACUGAUUCUCUUCGUUUGGUCGAUUUACUGAGAUCGAUGGAGAUUGCGGAUAUUAACCUCAUCUGGACACUUGCGGAAAUCCAAAGAAUUGGAAAGACCUUUCUAUGGUGCUGUAUUAACAAGGUUGAUAGGCAGCGAGUUCAUCAAGCGCACAAGCUUGCAAAGGCAGCUUCUACUUUAUCCUCGUACUCUGCCUCAUUGUUUGAAGCUUUGAAUUUGAAUUUUAUGGCGUAUUCAAAGACAUUGCCUUCUGGUGAAGUCAUGAUAAUGCAAGCCUCAGACCCUGUUACUGCAGCAAAGCCAUCUACUGAGAUUUGCCAUGUUCCUAGAGUACCAAAGCUGCUGCCACUGUCUUCCGGGAAGCAUAGAUUUAUAAUUGUAGCAGAUCAUUUACCUUUGGCCUGGCGAUGGUCGGAAGACUUUUCAGGUGGUUCUUUACCUCCUCAAAUGCCUUUUUCUGCUCUUCCCCCCCAUCUGAAUUCUUUAUUCCCCUUCAGCAACUAUAAGAAAGGAAGAGACUUUUCUGCGGAUUUGCUGAUGAACCUGGUUAGUGCUGCCAUCUUUCCUGUUAACCUCUGGAUGUCUCUCACGUUGUUGGGUUUUGUCAAGCUUCUAUGGGUUGGCAUCGAUUCCCCUUUCACUAACUAG